GGGCCGGGGCCGGCGCCAUGCGGGCGGGCGCGGCGGGGUUGGCGGCGGAGGCGGCGGCGAGGGGGCUGCUGGCGGCCGCCCUCGUGGUGCUGGAGGCGCUGCCGCCGUUCGAGCGCGUGGUGCAGCCCGAGGAGCUGUGGCUCUACAGGAACCCCUUCGUGGAGGCCGAGCGCGUCCCCGCCGUGCCCUUGUUCUUCAUCGCCUUCCUGUCGCCCUUACUGCUGAUUGUCCUGGCCAGGCUGUUCCUGGGCGCUGACCGAGACGACACGCGGGAGGCCUGCCUGGCUGCCAGCCUUGCUCUCGUCCUCAACGGGGUUUUCACCAACACCCUGAAGCUCGUGGUGGGCAGGCCGCGGCCGGACUUCUUCUAUCGAUGCUUCCCGGACGGACGAGCGAACGCGGAGCUGGCGUGCACAGGCGACCCCAGCAUCGUGGCUGAGGGACGCAAAAGCUUCCCCAGCGGCCACGCUUCUUGUAAGUCCUCAGCGUCCCCAGGCAACGAAGCACGUUGCCUUUGCUGGUCUCGCCUUCUCUGCCUUCUACCUGGCCGGGAAGCUGCACUGCUUUGCUCCCGGCCAGCGUGGCACGGCUCUGCGGCUCUGCGCCUUCCUCCUCCCCCUGUUCAUCGCCACCCUCAUCGCCUUGUCCCGCACCUGCGACUACAAGCACCACUGGCAGGAUGUGCUGGUCGGCUCAGUGAUAGGCUUCGUGCUUGCGUACCUCUGCUACAGGCAGUAUUACCCUCCUCUGACGGACUCCAUGUGCCACAAACCAUCUCUGUCUAAAUCCAAACAGCUGCCAGCGCACCAAGAAAAGUCUGCGACUUCCAGCUUUCACCUGGACAUAUAACGAAGGGCUCUGUCCUGCUGGCGCCUUUCCUUCCGCUCCUUGGGUGACGGGGCAGGGGAGGCUGGAGGAGGUUGGUCCUGGCCCACAAGAAUUGUCUCAAAGGGGGAUGAACCUGAAAACCAAACGGGAACUCUUCUCUGCAGUGUUGGUAAGUUGUGCUGUUCAGGGGGCCUGUGUUUAGUUUUUGUGAGUUUUGUAGGCGUCCCUUCCUCUGGACCCAAUGGAAAGUGAGUUCAGCAGCCAGCGUGCAAGCCUGCAGCAGGACAGCCCGGCUAUGAAAGGUCCUGAAGCGGAAAACUGGAACAAUGUGACUGUGUUGUGCCGUGUCUGGGGGGUGUUCUUGGGUCUGGGCCAGACAGCUCGGUCAGAUGUCUCCCUUCAACCUGGCCGCGCUGUCCCACUCCUCACGGGAACUGUGUCGUAGUGAGUGCAGGGCCUGGCUGGUGCCGGGGUGACGUGCGUCUUUUCAGUCGGAGCUGAACUCAUUUAGAGUAAUAAGUGCAAGGCUGCAGCCUUUAUCCAUGGCUUAAGUGAGGGGGAGAGAGAAGAUGCAACUAGCGUGAUUGUUCUGUGCGUUAUUGUGCUAGCCCUGUUUGUUUUCUUUUUCUCCAAUUUGGCAAAUAAAGGAGUUUAAUUUUUCAAACGA